GUUUGAAACUAGUACAAGUCCUUCACACUGAUUAUUCACACACUCACUCACUUCAUCAAGUUGCAACCCCACCCCUAUCACAAUCAUCCUGAAGCCUUGUAGGGACCCAUGCCCCCCACCCUUUGGGCCUUUUUCCCUAAUACUCAAACAAAAUCUCUCUCACUCCAUCUCCUCUUUUGGGUUCCAUAUUCCCUUUCUCUUCUCUUUUGACUUGGACUUUCUUUCUUUCUCUCACUCUACCAUCACACGCAACAACAACAACUGCAUACACCUCACUGUUCUGCAACAAUAAUACCACACCCUCUUCUCUUCCCUUCAACACCCUCACUCUCAUCUCACUCUCAUUGUCCCUUGCUAACGUGCGCAUUCCCACCUCGGCGAUGGUCAUAAUCCGUCACCUCCGCCGCCGCAAACACCACCAACACCAUCACUGGUUGCAAGCCUUCACCACCUUCACAUUCCUCUUUCUCUCCUCUGCUUCAGCCAUGGCUACUCUCUCACCACAACCUAGUGGUGGAGCAGUGAAGCAUCCUUUCAGGGAGGAAAACGAAAAUGGGUCGCAGUUUACUGCGGUGGCGGAUCAGAAGAGACUCGGCGGACCAGGGUCAUCGCCGCCGUCAUGCAGAUCCAAGUGCGGGUGGUGCAGCCCUUGCCAACCGGUUCAUAUUCCGGUUCAGCCUGGUUUGAUCAUACGCCUUGAGUACUACCCAGAAGCGUGGCGAUGCAAGUGUGGGAACAAGCUUUUUAUGCCUUAAACAAUAGUAAUGAUAAUGAUGCAGCAUAAUCCUAGUACUGAAGAAAAGAAAAAAGAACACAAACAUUGCCAGAACCGAACAGGGAAAACGGUAGCAGACAGCUAUCUUAAAUUUUUCCCCUUUUGGGGGUUCUUCAGUGUUAGUGCCUAUCAUGCAUUGAUUAUUGAGUACCACUACUACGUUUAUAAUAUUGAUUUUUGAGUUAACCUUUUGAGGGAGAAGGGACAAGAAGGGAACUUUGGGAAUGUAAGAUAUUAAGGUGUGAUUAUCGAGAGGGAACAUCUAAUCUAAACCCUUCUCUGCUUUUUACACACCCUAGCUUCAUAUAUUAAUAUGAUUACCCUUUCUUUUUGUGUUUUUUUUUUGGUUUUAUGUUUGUACCCUUUUUUUAUAAGACAGUGAAAUUAUGUGUAUGAAGGUUGUAAUUAUGAUUAGCUUCUCUUUAGAACAAUAGAGAAUUUUCAUUA